AUGAAGCGGCAGAACCUGCGCACGGUCUCGCUGAUCCUCUGCAUCUUCUCCUACCUGCUGGUGGGCGCCGCCGUGUUCGACGCGCUGGAGUCGGAGGCCGAGAGCGGCCGCAGGCGGCUGCUGGAGCAGAAGCGGGGCGAGCUCCGCAGGAAGUACCGCUUCUCGGCCGACGACUACCGCGAGCUGGAGCGGCUGGUGCUCCAGGCCGAGCCGCACCGCGCCGGGGGGCAGUGGAAGUUCGCCGGCUCCUUCUACUUCGCCAUCACGGUCAUCACCACCAUCGGUUAUGGACAUGCUGCCCCGGGCACAGAUGCUGGCAAAAUUUUCUGUAUGUUCUAUGCAGUCCUUGGUAUCCCCCUCACACUGGUUAUGUUCCAAAGUCUUGGGGAACGCAUGAACACUGUAGUCCGGUUACUGCUGAAGAAAAUAAAGAAGUGUCUGGGCAUGAAGAAGACUAAUGUCUCUAUGGAAAACAUGGUCUUAGUAGGCUUCUUGUCAUGCAUGGGGACACUGUGUGUUGGAGCAGCUGCCUUCUCUUAUUUUGAGGGCUGGACCUUCUUCCAUGCCUAUUAUUACUGCUUCAUAACCCUGACCACUAUUGGCUUUGGCGACUUUGUAGCUCUGCAGAAAAACGAAGCUUUGCAGAAGAAGCCACCAUAUGUGGCUUUCAGCUUCAUGUACAUCUUGGUCGGUUUGACUGUGAUUGGUGCUUUCCUAAACUUAGUUGUUCUUAGGUUUUUGACUAUGAACUCGGAAGAUGAGAGGCGGGAUGCAGAAGAGAGGGCAUCCCUGAAGAGAGUCAGGAACAACAUCCACCUGAAAGCUAAGGAAGACAGUAAGAACAGAGAUGCUAUUUUUCUACCCAUAGAAGACAGGACAAGUCAAAUGAACCUCAUCCCACUGAUGCAGGAAGACGCUGAUAGACCAAGACAUCACUCUUCAAACUCCACCACCAGAGUCCCUUCCUUGUGCACGUGUUUGUGCUACAGACCACGGCUGUGUGGGAGCCCUGUCCCUUCCCAUCCAGAGACCCUCAGCUGCCACACCAAUCCUGUUUACUAUAAUUCCAUUUCUUACAAAAUUGAUGAGGUCUCCCUGAGCACGAGGGAUCCCACUGGCGUCUCCUCCCCUGGGAGCACUUUAUCAUCCAACAGCCCCCGCUGCAGGGAACACCACCGCUUGCGAAGGAAAUCCAUCUAAAUGUGCAUGCUUUUUGGGAAUUUUUAUUCUGAACUGUAUUCUACUACUGAAGUCAUAUUUUGAUGAUAAAUUAUUA